CUAAGAAAACAAGACGAACUGUUUAUUUUCAGAUUUUUUAGAUGUGAAUAAAAGACUUUACAGGAAAUAGAAUGGCUGAUGAUGGCCUCCCAUCAAAAACCCCAACGACGAGCAAUCAUAACCGUGAUGAAUCGGACAAUGAGGAAGGUGAAAGACCUCAACAAUUACGUCUAGAUUUGGGGGACAAUUCCUUACGAAAAUCAAAUAGGUUAGGAAUUUCUAAUAAUAUUGCUCCAGGAAGCAGUUCUAGUGACAUUCAAAAAAGGGAAGAUAAUCCUUUUUCAUUCAAGCACUUUUUAAGAGACUCGAACAGUUAUCAGAGCAAGGGGGCUAGGCCAAAGGUAUUUUGCGAAGGCAGACCAGUACCGCCAGCGCCAGAACUCGGCAAUCAAAUUACCAGUGAAGUAAAAUCAAACAGAGUGGUGCCAGAAUUCUCAUCUGCCUUACCAGACUUUGUCCAAGACCAUCUAGUCAUUGAACAGUGCUACUUAGGAAAUAACAGUAACCAGAACUUCAAUCUAGAUAUUAACAAUUUACCAGACUUUGCCCCAAGCAGGGAUGACAAUAGACUUAACUAUGAGGCUAGUCACAACAAUGAAUUAAAAAUACCACUGGAUCUGCCUGUAAGACCCCCAUCCAGUUUUCCUUUAGAUCUGCCCAUUUCUAACUCUGUUCCUGCAUCCAGAAAUUGUCCACCAGUUGAAGUUGGCAAUUCAAAGAGUCUGCCAGAUUUCCUUGCAGACAGUGCAGUUUGCUCACAAAUUUGUGAUAAUGCUCUAAAUCACACACCAGAAAAUGAAUCUGAUUUAAUGAGGAGAGAGUUGGAGAGUCUUAGGAGGCAAUUGAGUGAUCAAAUUAGGAGGGCAGACAAUUUAAGUCGGGAACUGGAAGUUGCCAGAAGUAAAGAACAUGAAUACACCCAUAAUCUUGCCAAAGCAUUAGAACAAGUUGAGGAAAAUCUGGAAAAGAGCAAUAGGAAAGCUGCAGCAUCUGUAAGUACUAUUCAAAAGCUAAAACAAGAAAUCAAACUACUUAAUUUUCAAAUAAAUGAACUGAAAAGAGAAAAUAGUAUGUUGAGGGGAGAGGAAGCUGCAGGUGGUGCUGGUUAUUACAACACAAAUGAACUACAAUCCCAAAGAUUGGCCCAAGAGCUUAGAGCUGCUGCAAGCACAGCAGAACAUUCUUUAAGGCAAUUGUUAACAGGUGUGGAUAAUUUAAGAAUAAUGGCUGCAUCACUAGAAAACAUGCAUAGAAUAGAAGAAAAGAAUGAUCCUUUCAUUGAUAAGGAUGAAUCAGGGCCUGCCCUAUGAAGCACAUGUUUAAAAUCCUGUUUUGUUAUUUUUAAAUGUACAUAAGUAAUUUAUUGUUGAUAUAAAUUUUUAUACAUGUGAUUUUAUUUAUAUGUUAUUAGCUAACUGAUAUUAACACCAAGUAUUGUAUAUAUAUAUAUAUAUAUAUAUAUAUAUAUAUAUAUAUAUAUAUAUAUAAUGCAAAAAUUUAUAAUUUUGUCAAUUAUAAUCAAUGUGAUUUUUUUGUUUUAUGUCUUUAUUAUCAUAUAUGUAUAUGAUGUUCAAGAAUAUUUCUCAUUUUUAAUAAAUUUGUAUAUUAGGUUGAUUUCCUGAUUAUAUCUGA